AUGUCAACACUAUCGAUUCCACCACUGGUGCAAUUAUCAAUUCUUGUGUUAUUAUCUAUUUUAUUCAUAUGGAUUUAUCAAUCAUGUUCACAGUCAACUGUUUCACAUUCAACCGCUUCACAGUCAAUUAUUUUACCGAUCAAUAGUGGUUGUCAACAAUCUCUCGUAGAAAGUGAUGAAUUUAUUUGCGAACCGGAUUCUCUCUGGAAUGAACGUAAACAUGUCUAUCAUGCUCAAGAUAAAGAGAAUAUGAUGAAACGUAAAGAUGCUAUCUAUUUUUUGUCGAAUUGGGAACCGAAUUUUCAUUGUUCACAUGCUCGACGUAUUGGCGAUAUGGGCGAUGGUGGCAAAUGGGUCUGCGAUCCUUAUCGAUUGAAAUCACGUCAUGAUUGUCUAGUUUAUAGUGUCGGGUCGAGGGGUGAUUUUUCAUUCGAAAAUUACAUGAAAAAACUCAUGCCUCAAUGUGAAAUUCAUGCAUUCGAUAAAAUUCUAUACUCGUGUCCGAUUAAAACGUGUAGUUUUCAUCAGAUCAUAUUCGGCACUGGAAUUGAACCAAAUGGUUCAAAGAAUUGGAUGACUAUUAUUCAAGAAUUAAAUCAUAUAAAUCGAUCGAUUGAUAUACUUAAAAUUGAUAUUGAAGGUAGUGAAUAUUCAUUCUUUCCUCUUCUAUUCAAUUCGAACAAGAUUUCAUUUCCGCGACAAAUCCUUGUUGAACUUCAUCCGAUAAAUGUCAGCAUUGUUCAUGGCUUCUUCGAUCUCUUGCGCAACAAUAACUACGUUAUUUUCAACAAAGAAAACAAUCUUUUAGCAGGUCCUUAUUUUUUUGAAUAUGGUUUUUUAAAAUUAAAUCCACAUUUUUUCAUUCAAUCUCACCAUAGUAAAGUCAAGAAAUAA